UAGCCGCCAUUGUGUGUCCGCUCGGCGUCGAGUGCAGAUCGAGAGUAGCGCGAGGCCGCGCGCGUCAUUUACGGCCGGCUUGAUUUUAAGAUUAUAAUUUCGUAUUUUCGGCAUACGUAUAAUAAAUAAAUAAUUCAGAAUUUCCACUGUGAUCAGCACCGCACGCUCAUUGUUUCCGUUUUACUCAUAGACUGAAAGUUAAUUAAUUACUUUAGAUAUUAUUGGAGUGAAAGAUGGACGACGAAACACAAUUUUGCCUUAAAUGGCAUAAUCACCAAUCAACCCUCAUAAGAAAUUUCGACACAUUAUUGGAAUCUGGCACAUUAGUGGAUUGCACGCUGGCGGCGGAGGGGAGAUAUUUAAAGGCCCACAAAGUCGUCCUCUCCGCCUGUAGUCCAUACUUUGAGGGUCUCUUGAGUGAACACUACGACAAACACCCAGUUUUCAUACUCAAGGAUGUAAAGUUUGUAGAAUUAAAGGCUAUGAUGGACUAUAUGUACAGGGGAGAAGUAAACAUUUCCCAAAACCAGUUAACGGCGCUGUUAAAGGCCGCGGAGUCGUUACAAAUUAAAGGCCUGUCUGAUAGUAAAACAACAGGUUCUUCUAAUAACAGUACAGUGGCUGGAAGGGUAGAACCUAAAUCAACGGCAACGAGUACAUCGAAUGCUGUUACGACGGCCGUAGACAUUCCACAAGGGUCUUCCGGUCUUACAAUUGAGAAGAACAACAAAGUUCCUAGGCAAAGGCUUACACAGACAUCAGCAAACAUGUCAGAGGGUGGUGCCAGCCCUCAACAAGUCAGGGGUAUCUCAUCAAGGGAAGGAUCAGUUAGCCCCACAAGAAAAAGGCGUGCUCGCAGGCGUAGUCUGGGCAAUGAUGAAUCCAACUCAAUGGAAAAUCAUGAAGCAUCUAACUCGAGUGAUGUGACAGCAAGUGCGACCGUGAUGGCCGCGCCUACUGUUGAAGAUAAAAGUCAUGCCGAAUCCGCGGACCCGAUCGGCAGGUCAGCACUCAUGCAGCAACUUACCAAAUCCAACGACGAUAUGCUUCAAAUGCAAAUGGAAAAGCCAGAGCCCACUGAAGACAUGAUACAGCCAAAGUCUGAAUACAUGGAAGACCAGGAAAGCGUGGAAGAUCUCACGCACCUGGAUGAUGACAUGAACGACCUCAAUGAAAUGGAACAAGACAACAGCAGAGCAGGCCCAAGUCAUGAUUCUUCCCAUCCUGGUCUCGCGUCGUGGCACAUAACAAGUGAUAGAAGCAAUGCAGGCGUUGGCGCAGCAGGUGGAGCUCAGGGAGCUGAUGAUGCUGUUUUCAUGAAUGCCCACGAAACAAACGCUGCACAACGGGACUCACAAGUGGCCAGGAAUCGCAGCAGUACCGCAGCAGCAGCAGCAGCAGCAGCAGCGGCAGCGGCCGCCGGAGGAAAUCGCCUGAGCAUGAUGUCCGUGCUGAACCGCAACUUCAAGCAGUUCGCCAAGAAGAGACGUCCUCUGACGCGCAGCCGUAGCGACUUUCAUCAGCCACAGCCGCCCAGCUCGAGCCAAGCCUCGACGCCGCUCCACCAGCAGCUGUCGCUGCGCGGCCGCGACGAGCUGCAGAUCGAGGCACUGGACGAGGACGAGGCCUCGUCGUCGCGCGACAGUCUCGUGUUCCCGGCCUCGCUCGGCCUCGUGCCCCGCCACCAGCUCGAGCUCCAGCAGGCGCGCCAGCGCCAAUUGCAGCAGCAGCGCGCCGCCGCCGCGGCCGUGGCAGCGGCCAGCUCCACGGCCAAGACCAGCUCCUCGGAGGCGGCCUCGACGCCGGCCAAGGCGACGCCGGCCAUCGACGCGUCCAAGUCCAGCGGCGAGCUCAACAAGCCGAAUCUGUCCAUCUCGCCGGCCUCGCUGCUGGCCCAGUCGGCCCGCCUCGAGCCCAGCCACCAGCGCGAGUUCCGCUGCCGAUUCUGCGGCAAGGGCUACAGGUGGAAGAGCACAAUGAGGCGACACGAGAGCCUCGAGUGCGGCGACAAGCCUCCGAGCUUUCAGUGCUCCCAGUGCCCGUACAAGGCGCGCCAGCGGGGCAAUCUGACGGUGCACUUCAAGCGCCACCAUCAGAACGUACCCGGUCUGAAAGCCGAUUAGCGCAGCGCGUGCGUAACAUGAGUGAAAAACACCAUCUUUUACACUGAAACAAAAGAGCGACUGCUACCGCUCUUUUGCGCGGUUCAACUGUAUUCGCGCGAACUCGAGCUGCCCCCGAUUUUGCAGUUCGGUGAGAGAGGCUUUUCGCUCUCUCUCGUCCGCAACGUGCAACAGUACGUUAGUGGUCAGAGGCCUUAUUUACUAUAUAUAUAGCGUUAGGAAUAAAAAAUAAAAGAAGAAAAAACUGAAUUUCAUUGCAAACGCGCGUGGAUCGUGGGGGUCGGAUCACGCCCACAAAGAUAAUACUCAUCGCUUAACGAUAUACUACUUACACGAAGGAAAGUCCUCGCGGACCGAUACAUUUCUCUCGGGUGUAGUAAAAUACUGAACUUAGACAAUGUUACUUUUUUUCAAAUCAUUUCACCAAUGAUGAAUUUAAAUUUGUAAUCGUUAAUAAUAUUAUGAUUAGUGAUAAUGUGAUUUUUUAUAUAAUCGUGUAUAAAAAGUAAGGGAACGUCGUACAGGUAAAUAUUUUUGAGAAACGUUUUUGGAAUGACCGCUGAAUGGUAUACGAUUUAAUGUUAAAAUUGAAGCCCCUGUACAAUGUUAUGCAAAUGCAUUUGGUGCAUUGUAUUUUUUUACUUAAAAAAAAGAAGAAAUUAAUCAUAAUAACUCGUGCUCUCUUAUUUUUAACAAAUGUUUGAGAUAAUUUACAAUGUACUAUUGGGGGUGAUUAAUUAAUCGUAAUGACAAACUCAUUAAUUGCAACAACAAAAAAAUGAUACUCAAUUAAAUUACCACCCCUUCCUCGUAUAAUGCCUUAUGUAUAUCUCUUACGUAACUUUUUUUUUACAAUGAACUCAUGUAGACAUUCCAUUAACAUUUAAUAGCUGAUGACCAAGUUGAAAGUAUUAAUCUUAUAAUACAGUUAAUUCGUAUGUCCUAUAAUGUACUUAUGCGUUAAGAUUUUUGACAAGUUCAAAUCUGUACCACAAAUUAUACGACUUAUUACUUAUUUAAUUGAAUUACGGGAUUAGGGAUUUUUAGUUGUCAAAUUAAGAAGUUACGUUUUAAGACACUCAUUGUUCAAAUAUAGGGUAUUAAUACUUGGUUUAAGUAUGAAUUUUCCAAUUGAACGAUAAUUUCGUUUAACAAAUCAUGUCGAGUCCAAAUAGAUACAGAUUAUGCUCAUCUUUUGCGCGUAUUUUAGUAUUGAUUUUUCAAAUCUACAUUGAAUGGUGUGAAUGUACAUUCAAUUCAACAUUUUAACACUCUACACUUAGUAAUUAUUUUUUAGCGUGAAUUCUUUUAACACUUAAAAGUAUAUAUACAGAUUAAAAAACGGUUACGUAAAUUUUUUGUUGGUUUAAGUUUUUACGUGUAUUUACAAUUUUUACAUUCCAACUUCUUUUAUCUAUGAUGCAGUUCUUAGAUAAUUAGUUUAGGUAUCGAUGAGUUUGAGUUCUCCUAUUUGUAAGGAAUCAAAAUUUCGUUAUUAAUUAUAUUAUUUGUACUUUGUAACUAUGAUAUCGUAAAGGAGUAUGGUUUUGAUAACAGGUAUUUUUGAUAUGGUUAAUAUAUUUAUAGACAUUAAAUAUUAAAUGUAAUGAAAAAAUUUUUUAAUGUUCGAUCGUAUUUUUAUAAGAUGUAAGAAAUAAUAUUUUUCACCAAACUGUAUCCACGGUACUUAAUCUCUAAUUAUUAAAGAAUUUUUUAAAUAAAA